AUGUUCUCCGAUGCGCCAAAUGCAUCAUGGCAUCCGGCAAUGAUGCCUAAUUCGCUUGCCGAUCUGCCUCGGAACCCCCCGAAAGACGUCCCGUCGAGUCUUACAAGUGCCAUAUUUGUGCACCAGGACGAAAGGUCAUUCGCAGCAAGUGAUGCGGGCGACGAGGUUCACAACAAAAGCAUCGGCCCUGAUGCCUGGUUCCCAGAUUACGGCACUGGCGACAGCUGGAUACAGGACGCAAACGAGGCGCCAGAUGCACCAGCUGCCAUCUCCGGGCGUGCCGACUCCUCCGGCGAGACCGAGGAUGAGGGAGUGCCUAAAUCUAGCACGGCUUCAAAACACAUCAGCACAAUAUCAUUUACGCGAACUGUAUCUCACGAAGUCAGCUGGAACGACGACGAUGACCCUGAGUGGAAUCUUCCCCGAGUUGGGACGGAUCCGUUCAAGUUUAUGCCUCCGAACAACCGGUCCAACUCUUUCCCGGCUGCCUCUGCUAGCAAGCGCCAAGAAGGAGGAGAGCUCGAGCUUGACGAGCCUCUUUCUCACAACCAGGCAGAAGAAGUUGUUUUGGAGGCGGCCCGAGAAGAGGCCCGCGAGAGCUUCGAGAACUCUUAUAAUAGCUUUACCGAGGACGACCAAGAACACAGUAGCAAUGUCAACCAUCAAUAUAUAGGAGGCAACUUGGCCGGAACGACAGAGGCACUGGAAGCGCGCUUUGAGGAAGGCUUGCCACUUAUAUCCUCUACUAGUGAUGUUGUGCCGAACAACGAUGCUGGCCAAGGCGAAAAAGAUUUCUUUGGAGAUGACAUCGCCGCCGAAGAAGACGACUUUUUCAGCCAGGUUCGCAAUGAAAAGGCUGCAGAGCUAAGCGACGAGUUUCCGCCGGCCCUGGAACGCAAGUCGACGAUGCAGGUCUUGGGCACUCUCGAUAUUGGUUUGCCAACACCGAACGGCUCCCCUUUGCACGAGUCCGGAGAGAAUGGCGUGGCUAUCACCGAGGUUUCCACAAAUCAGGCAAUUACCGAGAACACCCCAGACGCGGAUGUCGUGAGUAAAAAUGAUGACGACUUGAAACCUGCAGAUGUAGAAGAGCUCGCUGCAAAAUGGCAGGAAAUGUUUGCUGGCGACGAGGAAGACGAGCUUUUACUGGAUGAUGCUACCGAGACCGAGACAAAAGAGUUGGACUCUGCAGCAUUUUUCGACAGUGAUGACGAGGGUUUCCUCGAUGAUUCGGAAAUUCAACCGGUGGCGGAGCCCAUCGUUGCCCCUACAACACCCUCCGCCGCAGACGUCAGACCGUUGAAUGGCCGGUAUUUACCCCCAAGUCAACUUCUCGGCUCCGCCGCACCGCCAGUAAACCCCUAUAUUCCGGCUGCGGCAUCGCCGGCGCUACCCCCUGUGCCGAGAAAUCCCUACCUUCCACCGACGGUGGCCCCUGCGAUUCACCCUCUUUCCGCGUCUCCCUUUCCAACGCCGUCUUCGGUCCCGCCAUCUACAGGAUAUGGAUAUGGCGCCCCUCCUCGUCCGCCGCUCCGGGAAACGAAAGCGCAAAGCUUCGUCAAGGCCACGGGUGGAUACACCUCGCCGUAUGAUCUUCCAAUGGAUGUUGUCGUACCCAAGAAGCGUGCGAGUAUGCACAACUUGCAAAGAAGUACUGCACCAAGCGCCUCUUUACAGGCGCCCCCCGCACCACCCAGGAGUGCGAGCUUGCAAUCCCACCCGCCUCCUCCAACUACCCCCGGCUCGGGGCUUCCGCACGCAGGUGUCAUUGCCUCAUCUAGAUUACCUCCAGCCGCGAACAAGCCGUCUUUAUCAGAUCUCAGGUCUAAAGAGCACUUUUUUGAGGAGCUGCCUAUGACAACAAAACCACGCCCUACAUCCCGCCAAAGCAACAAAAGUCUACCAUCACCAUCACUGACCAGUCCAUACGGAGCACCACUCCAGCCAGGCGCACCUCCCAUGAAUCUCCAGCCAGCAACACCCCAAGUACAACAGUCGGCGGCUCCCUUUGCAGCAGCAGAUAUUCCUAAGCUGGUAGCACCACCACUUGCCAAUCCUUACGCUUCGCUGUCCUCAAAUAUUGGCCUUAGUCCUGCGGUUCCCCCUACCGCACCGAACCGUUACUCACCUGCGCCUCCUACCAAUGGCUCUGUCCCCCCACCCGGACCAAGCCGAUACUCUCCUGCUCUACCAAGCGCACGCCUACCAAGCGGUGGUCCGCCUCCAGCGCACCCAGUAACGGCGCCCCCAAUCCUACCUCAUCAGCCUCGUACUUCGAGCCCAUUAGCGCACUUUGAGAUAUCUCAUGAGAGAUCAAGAUCCCAUGCCCCGAGUCAUCACGCUGAAAGCGGUCCGGCCGAGAGACGAAGUAGCAGUUCUAUGUACGACUCACGCCUUCAGAGAGUGCCAUCCUUACCCCCAACUCGAGAGGUGGAGGAGGAAGAAGGUCUAGCCCCAGCUCAGUCAGCUGCCCCAGGAUAUGUACCGCCCCCUCAGCCGGCCUCGCCGCCCGAGUCGAGGUUUAGCCAGUCGCCGCAGCGCUUGAGGCGGACGCCCCCGCCAACAUCUUUUACUGGACAGUCCUCAUUGUCACCUCCGAAGCGGGCAACAUCAAGUCACAGCGCGGCUGCCGGAUCGCACGACUUUGUACCUCCGCCACGGUCUCAAACACAGUCUCCUGGGGCGUUAUACGGAAAUCGCGAUGGAAGGCCUGUAGAUCCAAUCCCGCGCCCUUCCUCAGUUCACGAUUCUGGUUUCUCGCGUACGACAACGUAUGCAACAGCCGUCCCGCCCCUCCAAACUUCCGCUCCCCUUGCUUCCGCUUCUCGCCCUCGUAGCUUUUCGCAGAACCUCAGCUUGGUUACCCCUACUGAUGGUCGGGAAAAUGACGUGCUUCAGAGGUGGCGAGGGGCACCCCUGAUCUCAUGGGGUGUGGGCGGGACUAUUGUCACAAUGUUUCCGAAAGACGUUCCGCGGUAUGGCAUGAAUCAGAGCUCUCCCAUGAUUCUUCGCAGUCCAGGGACUGUGAAUGUACAAAAUGCCAAGGAUUUGCAGCCUAUGGAAGAACGUCUCUCCAAGUUCCCAGGCCCACUCAAAGGGAAAUCGAAAAAGAAGGAAACAAUUUCUUGGUUGACCACCGGCAUCGAAACCUUGGAGCGUGGCCUGCCCAAUUCCCUUGUCGCUCAGACCCAUUUGUCACACGAUGAUAAACGGGCCAUGGAACGUGUGCUUCUGUGGAAAAUUCUUCGUCUGUUUAUCGAGCACGACGGGUUGUUGGAAGGGAACCCAACAAUCGAUAAGGCUGUUCGGGAUAUCCUUACACCGGACCUUGAGACGCCCGGCGCUCCGUCCCUCUACACGGCCGGAGCCGGUUCGCGUGGCUUCAACGAUCCAGUUACAAAUACGAUGCUAUCCGAUGAUGUUGAUCCAUCGACAGUAGAGCAAAUCCGGAGACAUCUUCUGGAUGGCGACUGUGAGAAGGCUGUCUGGAUGGCAGUGGAUAUGCGUUUGUGGGGUCACGCGCUGCUUCUCGCCAACGCACUUGAACCCGAUCUCUACAAGAAAGUAGCCCAAGAAUUUGUGAAAAAGGAAGUCAACUCUCCUGGCCACAACAACGAAUCCUUGGCUACUUUGUACGAAGUGCUCUCCGGCAACCAUGAAGAGAGCGUUGACCAGUUGGUCCCAGUUCAUGCCCGGGCCGGGCUCCAGCUCGUGGUGAAAGAUGCCGCUCUUGGGACUUCCAAAGAUGCCGUUGAAGGGCUCGAUAAAUGGCGCGAGACUCUCGGGCUCAUUCUCGGCAACAGGAGCGCUGAUGAUUCGCGAGCGAUUAAUUCGCUCGGGUCCCUACUCUCCAGCUAUGGCAGGGCGGAAGCGGCUCAUAUAUGCUUCAUGUUCGCCCGGAAACAUACUGUCUUCGGCGGGCUUGACGACCCGAAAUCUGAUUUUGUUCUUGUCGGAUCUGACCAUAGGAAGCAGGCCGAACAAUUUGCGAAAGAAAUUGAGCCUCUGCUUCUUAGCGAGGUCUAUGAGUACGGUCAAAGCCUUGCCGGCGGCUCAAAUGUGGCGGUGACGAACCCUCAUUUAGCUGCAUACAAGCUGCAGCAUGCGUUUGCUCUGGCCGAGUAUGGAAUGCGAGACAAGGCACUGCAAUACUGUGAGGCGAUCUCUGCUGCAAUCACAGCGCAGACUAGAAGAUCGCCGUAUCACCACAUCAUUCUUGAAGCAGCCGUAGAGGACCUCAUGAUACGGCUGAGGCAGGCCCCCAAGGAGGAGUCCAACUCUUGGAUCCCGAAGCCGAGCAUGAACAAGGUAUCAGACUCGAUGUGGAACCGGUUCAACAAAUUCGUUGCUGGGGACGAAAACGAUAGCUCAGGCCCGGGAUCGCCGAAAGAUAAUGGCGAAUCCGGGCCCUUUGCGCGCAUCGCCGGAGGUACCCCUACAAUAAGUCGGCCGCCAUCGGCAAAUAACCUGGACAACUUCGGUGCCGCAAUCCCCAGUUACCCCUUGUCAACCCCCCUUCCAAACAUCCCUGUUCCUAUGAUAGCAUCGGCUCCUCCCACGAGAGCUGCAUCACGUUAUGCGCCAGGAGUAGCUCAGUCACCUGCGCCUUAUGCGCCAAGUUCAACAUAUGCGCCUCGAUCAUCUAUGGAGCGUACCUCGAGUGAGCUGAACAGAAGCUCGUCUGAGAUAUUUCGUCAGUCCUCAGACUUGCAGUCUGGAUACUCGGAUCCUUAUAGCCCAAACACGACAUCUUCGUCUACGCAGAACUACACCCCUUUUCACUCCGGUGGCGUGGGCCUGCCGCAGGAUUUGCCGCACACCCCAAUCUCUCAGCCAGACAAGCAUGAGCAAUCGCAGCAGUCGAAUCAGCCCACUUCGGUGGCAUCCGCCUAUGAGCCCCAUGGCUACUCGGGCCCUCAUGUGAACGGAAUGGCUUCUGCGGCAAAUAACCAGAGCUCAGGGGCGGACGGUCAACAAGCUGUUAGCAAUGGCUACCAGCCCCCCUCUUAUGGAUACGAGCCGCCUUCGUUCACUCCGUACACGGCUCCUGUGGAUAAGGCCGCCGAAGUCGAUACAGCGAACAAUGGUUCCUUUGAGGCCCCAUCGUUCCAGCCAUACGGCUAUGAACCGCCAUCAUAUGAGCCCGAAUCUCAGCCAACGAACGAUGAUGGAGAUUCAAGCGAGGAGACGAAGAAAACCCCCAAGAAAAAGGGCAUCAUGUACGACGACGAGGAUGACUUCCCGGUUCCAAGACCUGCCGAAAAGAGCAAAGCGGAUAAGGAUCGGGAAAAUGCGGAACUAUUCCGCAAAGCCGCAGAGGAAGAUACCAAACGAGCUGCCGAAGCAAAACAGGCUAAGAAGGGAUGGGGUUUCACAACUUGGUUUGGUAGCGGAGGCGCUGCGAAGAAGGAAAGCCACGACCCUGCUUCUAACAAGCCUAUCCGAGCCAAGCUAGGAGAGGCCAACUCAUUCUACUAUGACCCCGACCAGAAGCGGUGGGUCAAUAAGAAUGCAGGCCCAGAGGAUAAUGUGACGAAGAAAGCAACCGCUCCACCGCCAAGAGGAGGACCUCGCUCUGCUUCCUCGAGUCCCGCCCCACCCAUGGGUGUUCCGGGUCCCACGUCCGCUCCCGAUACUGGACGUGCUAGCGCUCCCCCGAUGGGACCGCCCCGAUCCACCAUGACCCCGCCACCAUCGGGUCUAAACUCUUCUGCCUCUGAGGCCAACCUCAUGGCCCCUCCUCUGGCACCUCCAACCAUGAUGCGGUCCAGCUCCAAUACCAGUACUGGCAGCGGGCCGCCAAGCCGGCCGACCACAAGUCUAAGCCAUUCGAGCAGCAUAGAUGAUCUUCUGGGCGCUGCAGGACCUCGCAAGGUAGGAGCCAAGAAGCCCAGAAAGAGUGCAAGAUAUGUCGAUGUCAUGACGAAAUGA